GCGCAAAGCAGCCUAUAAAUAAAUCAAAAUUGGCGACUAUUUAAAGAAGUUAACAAACAGAAGGUACUGAACAAGAUAUUAAUGAACAAGAUGAUGAUGAUGAGCUCAAGGAUUCAUAUCUGUUUCUUGGCCGUUUUCUUGUAUGCGAGCCUUACUAUUAUACCAACCUCAAGCCUUGGUCACAGUCACAUAUGCCUGUCCGAUGACCAUGUUGCCCUAUUCAUCUUCGGAGAUUCUUUUUUUGAUGCAGGAAACAAUAACUACAUCAACACCACGUUCCGGGCAAAUUAUUAUCCCUAUGGGGAAACCUUCUUUAACUACCCAACUGGGAGAUUUUCUGAUGGCCGUAUAAUUCCAGAUUUCAUUGCAUGUACUGUUGCAGCUGAGUUUGCAAAAUUACCGUUGAUUCCGGCCUAUCUACAUCCUGGUUAUAAGCGAUAUGCAGAUGGGGCAAACUUUGCAUCUGCCGGAGCUGGUGCUCUUGUCGAAACUCGUCAAGGAUCGGUGAUAGACCUGCACACACAACUCAGUAAUUUCAAGAGAAUGAAGACGCUAUUGAAGCAAGAAAUAGUUGAAGCAGAAGCCAAGACAUUGGUGUCGAGAGCUGUUUAUAUGACCAGCAUCGGAGGCAACGAUUACGCCAUUUAUACUGCAAACUCUAGCUUGUUUCAAUCCUACUCUCCAGAAGAGUAUGUAGAUAUGGUUAUUGGCAACUUGACAACUGUGAUCAAAGGAAUGCACAAGGAAGGAGGAAGAAAAUUUGCAUUUUUAUACUUGGGGCCAUUGGGUUGCAGACCAGCGGCUAGGGCAAUAAACGCUGGUGAAUGCGAUGAGGAAAUUACAGCACUGGUAAAACUGCACAACAAAGCACUUUUCCAAGUCCUCCAGAAGCUAGAGAGCCAGCUGAAAGGAUUCAAAUAUUCAAUUACAGAUAUAUACAGUAUAGGCUCUCAAAUAAUGAAUAACCCUUUAAAAUAUGGUUUCAAGGAAGGGAAGGCGGCAUGCUGUGGAUCUGGUCCUUACAGAGGACUUCGCACUUGUGGAGUCACUGGAGUGAAUGGAUCCGUCCAAGGGUAUGAAUUAUGUGAAAAUCCCAAUGAAUAUGUGACCUUUGACACUAGCCAUCCCACUGAAAGGACCAACUUGCUAUAUGCCAAGGCAAUGUGGAAUGGAAACCAAAGUGUCACAUGGCCUUACAAUAUAAAAGCACUUGUUGAACAGAGUUGAAAUGAAGAUUUUCUCAAACCAUUUGUUCAAUUUUCCAAGCUCACAUCGUUCACCAAAUAAACGAGUUUGCUAUUUCUUCUUUCUAGAUGUUAGUGUUUGGAAUAAUCUACAUAUGCUCAGAAGUCUCGAAGUUGAAUUGAAGUAAUAAGGUUGAAUUGUUCUUGCUCUAUUUCAUUUUCUUACUAUUAUCUGCAUUAUGGGGAAAUGCUUCAAGUUUUGUUGAUGUAAGAAGCAGUACUGAUUUCUAUUUAAGUUUUCACUUCCUAACCUACCACGAGUUUUGGUAGGCAUGUUGAGAAUAGACAAAUUUGACCUGUCAGUUCUUCGACUCAAAAGAGGUUCCUUAUGUGUAGAUAGUCCAUAGAUAGAUUGUAUAGUCUUACUUAAUACCUUGUUCUUGUCAAAUGUGUAUGAUGUUUCAACAUGAUUUUCCUUCGCCAUAAGUGACAAAUUUUCGUCAAAAAAAUUAUAUUUCUCUUGAAAAAAAUGUUUUCACUUCCUGAAAAAGUUACAGCAAGGGUUUGGAAUGGAUUUAAUAGAGAGAUCAGGGAAAGGACAUCAAAUAAGGAAGGAUCAUCAGACGAGGGGGUUUUUGGAUCAAUUCCUAAUUCUCUGCCAUUAGAAUCACCCCUGCAAAUUUUCCUCCUUUGUUUGAAAUUGCUUCACCCAUUUCUAAUUCCUAAUUCUCAGCCAGCAAUAUUCUAAGUUGACAGCAAGUUUGAGAAAAUGAAUGGCUCCAAGAAAGAUCAAAAGAUUUACAGAAGCAUCAUAUCAGGAACCACCAUCCAUGAAAAUGCCUCCCUAACGAGAGUUGUUGGAUACACGAUGGUAUCUCGUGUUUUACCUCAGAUUUUCCAUUCAAAAUGGUCCAUAGGAAACGCUCCAGCCGAAAUGCUCCAGUUCCAGCCGAAAUGGG